AGAGAACAGCGUGCUAACAGCGUUCAGCCGUAAAAGGGAAAUUCGGGUUCUAGGUCUGGUGUGUACACCUUCUUGCCACUGCUUGUGGUGAUUCAACAACUUUCAGAAAUCCGAACGAAGGGGAUGUUCGUAAUUUUGAACAACCGGUAAACUCGCUGGGCCACCUCAGGCGGUGGUUUCUGCGACUGCUUCUUCGAAGGUUGCGAUUGACGAAAUAAAGAACGGCUCGCAUCUCAUGGAAGGUGCUCUUUGCUUGCAAUUGUUUUGCCUUGAACUCGCGUUCUCCCUUCCUCGUUGCACCAACGCCCUAUCACGCAUUGUCAUCUGCACAGACAGCUAUUCCAUCGCUAUCAUAAUCAAUAAUCUCGCAGUCGCUCAAUACUGUUCAAUCGUUACGAAUACGCAGCGACGCCAAGCCAUGGAGUUGUCUAGAUUUGAGCGGCCUGAUCUUGAAUGGCUCAGGCCCAUUUACCAGGCCGUCGUAGCUCACUGCACUUGCCCGCCAUCUUCCUGCAACGAAGCGUGGAACUCAGCCCCUAGCGACGAGGAUUGGAAUCAACGCUACAAACGGAACCCAACCAUGCCCUCUCCUGUCAGCCUCAACGACCUUGCGGAAGCCGUCUUCAGUAUACCUCUUCGAUUUGCCGUCCUCGCAUCCGAUUUACACGCCCGUGGCCACUCCGUCAACCACGCCCUUCGCGUCGCCUACAACUGCUACCAACAGUUCCUCCUCCCAUCACGACAAGAGAGCUGGGCGUUUUAUCAAGACGUACACACCAGCUUGGAAGAACGGGAGUGCCAACGGCCCUGUUGCCUCCAGGAUAUCGAUAACAACAUGUACCUACACGCGGAACGGCUCCCACACGGAUGGGCGGUCUUCGAGCCCCAAUUCGAGCGCCACUGGUAUGCGAUGUGCCUGCAUGAGAGCGGCGUCUGGAGUGGCACCGAGGAGGGCCGGCUCUAUCGAACACUAAGCCAAAUCAUCAGCGACGAGAGUCAGCGCCAAUUCCGUUGGGAUAUGUCUGAAAGACCGACAGUCGUGGAGCACGCCGGCUCGUUUUCGUACCUACCAAAUCAGCCCUGUUCUGAGCUUGGACUGAGGGGUGGCGACACCACUCAUGCCUGGAAUCGCCUAUUUCGCUACCGCCUCGAUGGCGUGCAAAUUCCCAGCACUCGGGAUGCCUUUCUGCGGGGUGAGUCCCUGGAGCGCGAGUAUUUUAGUGAGAUGGGCGUGGGGGAUCCCAGUACGCCUACCGAACCUUCCGCGAGCGACAUCAUACAGGCCAAUAUCGACGCUACCCAGGCCUUGUCCGCAGACUAUGAGCCGAUCCCUGCAGAAGAAGCAGUAGUUGUGCCCAGCGUGGACGAGCUUGAGCACCGCGUGUCUAGGCUUUGUGAAGAAUUAGACGAAAAUAUCCACGCGCAGGAGCACGUUGUGGGCACGCUGCGUGCGCAGCUUCGCCUUCUUGAAGCUACGGAUCCGGAGCUUGUGGCGGAAUAUAUGUCUUGCUUGGACACCGUGGGGGCCGCCCAGCGCCCGGAGCUUGUGGUGCAGCUUUUGCGGAGAUAUAGGGCGGAAUGCUGUCGCUUGGCGGGACGCUUAGGGAGCUUAAGGGAGAUCGAGGAGCAACAGUGGCAGGCAGAGGGUGACGAAGAAGAGCUUGUAGGACUUGUUGAGGCGGGAGAGCUGUGCCCAGCGAGUGACGGGGAGGCGGAGUUUCGGACAUGGUUGUGGGCGGAGGGUGGGGCGUUGGGGGGGAAUAUCGGGGGUGAUGAGGGAGUUGUACAAGACGUGGGUGCUGUACAAUACCCGCCUGCCGGCUAGGGGCAUUAGUGACGUCUUCUUUAACCCAGUCAAUACUUUUCAACUCAUCAUUGCCAGAAACGAGGGGAAGUGUGAUGCAACGGGCGCGAUCAACUCUGCGGUGAAGGUCAUGUCAACACAUCUAAAGUGUGAGAUACAGAGGGGUUUAGGAGGAGUCUUCCUUCCUACCCUUGGUUUGCACCCAGCGGGAGUUUUACCGGCCGCAACAACGUCUUCUCCAAAACCGGCGCCGUUUGCAGCUGCUGGGGCGGCCUGUCAUAUAGAGUUGCGUUGGCUUAG